AUUUAUGGACUAUAUUAACUGUAAUUUAUAUAAUCAUUGAAAAAUAUAUUAAUGAAGAGGAUGAAGAAAAUGACGGAGAUAGUAAUGAUGAAGACUUUGAUCUUCAGGAUUGCUUACCUUUUGAUA